AUGCUAGAGGUUCUCAAAGAGGAGAUCAACAUGAAUGCUAACCGUAGCCGAAAUGUUAAAAUUGUGGCAAUGAUUGAGAAGGCAUGUGGUAGUAAAGAGAAGAGGAGACCACAUGUUGCCGUUGUAGUGAAGCACUUCCUGUUGGUGGCUCUUGGUUCGUUGCUGGCUCCAACAAGCUCACGCAUCUAUAAGUUGGACUAUGCAGGGUACCUGGCUGGGAGGGUGGAGAACAUUCGAACUGAGUGCUCAUGGGAUAUCCACUUCUUGAUGCUUCAUUUGCUAGACUUCCUUAUCGUGAGAGGAUUGGCCACAAACACCAUCCCGAGUUGGAGCUAUUGGUUCGAACCAAGGGUGGAUAAGUUCUACAAGACGGAUUGGUGGGAGGAAAUAGACUUGGAAACCAUUGAGACCGAAGAGCUUAAGGCAUUGCAGUCCUUGAGUGAAAAAGCGAUGGAUAAGUGGGAUUCAAGGCGUGAAAGUGUCUGA